UUGAAUGUGAGUUUUUUUCAUCAAUUUUUUGUUAAAAAAUCAAACCGAAUAUUUCAGGAAUUUCAUAGUAGUUCAAUUAUUGAAUUUAUCAUUGAUCAAAUCAAUUUUGGACUCACAAGUUUCCCAGUAUUUUGCAAUUUUCAAUAUUCGGACAGAUGAUGAAACAAAAAUAGUAAUCGGAUGUCCUGGCAAUCAAAUUUCAAAAUAUCGUGAGUUUUUUGAAUGGCUUCUGGAUUUUGAAUUAAUGUUUAAAUUUUUCAGAUAAAUAGCUUCAAAAGUUUCCAAGAGUAUAACUCUGAGUCCUCACCAAACUUGCGCGAAACCCAGGAAAUAUCAGGUUAGUCAGUUUUUCUUGCGAAUUCAGAAUCUAUAAAUAUGGGUUACUGUAGUUCAGAUUUUGGCGCCGAAAUCUGAAUUCAACUGGAAUUAUUCGGACUCACAAGUUUCCGAGGGAUUUUGCAAUUUUAUUCGGACAGAAAAUGAAAUCAAACAAGUAAUCGGAUGUCCUGGCAAUCAAAUUGCAAAAUAUCGUGAGUUUUUUGAAAUAUUUUUCGGAAAUUGAAUUAAUUUUUCAUUUUUUCAGAUGUGAAUAAUUCAUGUAAAGUGUGAAACACCUCCUGUAUUUGUUAUGAACCGUCAAAACUUCUCAAGUUAUGAAAUGCCGUGCUGGCUCAAAACAAGGAUGGAUGAUGAAGAUUUAUUGUAGUCGGAAAUCCGAAUUCGAACCAGCCAAAUUGAAUGUGAGUUUAUUAUUUUGUUGUUGAAAAAAACAAAGUAAUAUUUUUCAGGAUUUAUCAGUAGUUCGAUUUUUGCGCUUUCAAUUUUGGUGAAACCAAUCAAGACGAAUGAACUGUGAAGUUCUAAAACAUCUUCACACCCAACAAAUUUUGCAAUUUCGAAAAUUGAGGACAAACGAUGAACCAAACAAGUAAUCGGAUGUCCUGGCAAUCAAAUUGCAAAAUAUUGUGAGUUUUUUGGAAUAUCUUUGGAUCAUCAAGUAAUUUUCCAAUUUUUCAGAUGUGAAUUUGGCACAACUAUUGGUGGUUUUAGCUUUCAAAGCUAUUCCAUGAGUACAACUCUGCAUAAUCACCAAUUACUGCCAAAAUCAUCAAAAAUCCACCGUGCUGGUUCAACUCGAGGAUAGAAGAUGAAUAUAUUAUGUAGUCGGAAAUCCGAUUUUGAACCGCACAAUUGAAUGUGAGUUUAUUAUUUUCAUCAAUUUUUUGUUGAAAAAUCAAACCGAAUAUUUCAGGAAUUUCAUAGUAGUUCAAUUAUUGGAUUUAUCAUUGAUCAAAUCAAUUUUGGACUCAGAAGUUUCCGAGGAAUUUGCAAAUUCAAACAUUCGGACAGAAGGUGAAACAAACAUAGUAAUCGGAUGUCCUGGCAAUGAAAUUGCAAAAUAUGGUGAGUUUUUUUGAAUGGCUUCUGGAUUUUGAAUUAAUGUUAAAUUUUUUCAGAUAAAUAG